AUGACUCAGUCUGUAUUCAUACAGGUUGGUCAGUGUGGCAAUCAAAUUGGUCAUCGGUUCUGGGACUUGGCACUAACAGAGCACAAAGUUGCUAACAAAGGAGGUCUGUAUGAUAGUUCGUUGUCUUCGUUUUUUUCGAAUGGGACUAAUAACAAUGGUAGUUCCAUGCCUGAAAUUUCUGGCCUUAAAGCUAGAAUAUGGAGGAAGGUGUCGUCAAUCAGAUGCAAAAGGGACCACUGA